AUGCGGCCUGGUACUUCCUUGCUGAUUGCAGAGUCCGUCGACAAGGUUGAAAAAACAGAAACUUCCGCCGAGGUCGUCGACAGUCCGCUGCGGGUCGAACCACGGGUGAGUUUUUUGGCCCCACGUUUGGCUGAUGCGAUCGCUGACGGGGUCAUCACGGUACGCCGUGACUGGGAAAGUCUUUUACCCAACUGGUCUUUUGGCGAUGCCGAUAUAUUCUCUGAAAACCUGUGCAUCAGAGCAUCGGAAUCCUAUGAGUACGUGGAUGUUCUGGCUGAAGAUGCCCGAUCCUGUGAGGAAUUUCGCGGCACCCUGAUUCUGGCCGAGGACUUGAAAAUUGUGAAAUUAGUAUCGGUACCAAUGUGA